CUCCCAUGAUUUAGGGUUUAAACAAAUGCUGGACGCCACCACCACCGCUCUCUAUGGCCAGCCUCCGCCAGCCUCAGGGCCGCCCGCCAAGCGGAGGAUCAAGUACGUCGAGUAUGGCGACUACCGAGUGAAGAAGGUGAAUGCCCGGGAGCUCGAGAAGCUCGUCUUUGGCAGCAAAGGCCGGUUGGAAUUGCCCGCGGUGGUGGACUUCUACGCAACCUGGUGUGGCCCGUGCAUUCCAAUGGCUCAAGCGCUGGAACAACUCGCGGUCGAGUUCUCCAAAAAAGUCCAGUUUCUCAAGGUGGACACGGAUGAGGAGUACGAGCUCGCCCAUCAGCUCCAGCUGCGAGGACUGCCGACGCUGCUGUUUGUGACCAAAAACCUGGACAGGGAUCCAGUCGUCCGGACAGAAGGCCUGCUACCUCUCGAGGUGCUCCGGGACAUUAUUGAGCAAGAACUGGAUGUCCAGAGAGACAAAGUGAGUGAGAUCUUCCUGUAAAAUGGAAUGGAAUACACGCACACGCACCUCA